GCUUGCAGAGUGAUACUGGAUACGGCAGUAAUGAAGGUAAUGAAGAGGAUGCACAAAUAAGAAUUGAGAAGCACCCACAAUUUUUCCCGUUGUGAGCCGUCAGCUCCUCCACUACAAUUUGAAGCGGUUAAGGCCCGGGUAUAUUUCAUUUCCUGGAUGCCGCUCCGUCACUCCGUCUCGCGCACAGUUGAGCGCGAGCCUUACAAAGAUACUCUUUUGCCCAUGAGCGUGGAAAGACAGUCACAAAAAACGCGACCACUAUUCAGACAGUGUUGGAUAAAACAGUUUAACGCUUUGAUGCCGUGCCUGAACACCGUUUAUCCCUUCACAGUGGCGUAGCCUAUAUUGGCGGGGCACGCAGGGCUAUUAAAUUAUUAUUCUUAUUAUUAUGCUACUUUUAUUAUUAAAAUAAUAUUGUAAUUCAUUAGCUUCGCAAUAGAGCUUGGCAAACUACGUCACUGCACGUUGCAUUCUGGGUAGUCGCCGCCAUGUUUUAGGUCACGCUCAGGAGCGUACAAUGACAAUAAAUACAACUCACCAGAUGAAAAAAUGACUGUAAUUACGUUAAUUUUUUUAAAGAGCUGCUUGUACUUGCUGAGAAUAAAUGGACUAAUAUUUUAAUCUCUUGUGUUCAUUCGAUCGCUCAGUCGUGUGGCCAGGACACGACACGCAUAGAAAUCAUACUGACGCCUUCUAUCGGACCACACACAGGACCAAAGUGAUUUCUCUAUUGCAGUUUUUAAUAACUAAGUGGCACCGAUAUAUCUGCCAGAUAAAAUAAUAAACACAAUAUAGAUUGAUCUCAGUCAGCAUAUCAUCAUAUCGCCCUGAUUUCUUCAUGUUAAAGCAUUAAGUCGCUACACCAAGUAAGUUUUACUGGACCUAAAUGGAAUAAAUACAUGAUUUCUUACAGAGAGAAGCUUAACAAUGAAUCAAAGAUGUGCUGCUUUAUGAACACGGAGAGUGAUCGCAAUGAGCUAUUUCACAAAUAACAUUUCGUGUUUUCGUACAUUAUUAAUGGCGUGAGCACGUACAUAUUCAAACAGAUCAGAAGUUAUGAAUCUGUAAAUGACAAAGCCACAUUUUGGUCAAGUUUAUUUUCAUUGAGUUUCACUUUGACCAUUGUGUCGUUUCUAAGCUGGAAGGCAGAAAAUGAGGGACAUUAUAGCAUGCUUAACGUGGCUUAAUUUACUAAGACAAACAAAAUUUAGUAUGCUUUAUUAGUUUGGUGUUUACUACAGAAAAGCAGAUGAGCCCAGAAUAUGAACGCAACACAUUUAACACAAGCAUUUUCCUCUCAUAAAGAAAACACUUAAUGGACAGUGACUUAACGUGUAAUAAGACAGGUUCUGUUCAUAUUCUGGGCUCAUCUGCUUUGCUGUACAUCGUUUCUAUGGGAGGAGAACAUUUAACGUGAAAUUAAACGCGUUGCGUUCAAAUUCUGGGCUAUUAUGAUGUUUACUUACAUUACGCCAGCAUUACGCCACGUUAAGCUUUUUAUAAUGUCCCGAAAAUGGGACAAAAUGGCGCUCCAUUUCACAUCCGUUUUCCACGCUGGUCAGUAUAUGCAGAUAGUUCAUAACACAGCCAGCGUUCACCAUUCUAAUAUGUUUUUAACUGUAUAAUAUAAAUUUUAACAUCUUCCUCCACUAUUUCCCAGUCUCUACUGUACUGUCCGUGACCUAAAGUCCCAGAAUGCAAUGCGUUGCUUACGUCACGUUCCCAGACUCUAUAUCAUGGUGCAUAUCACUGCAACCGAUGCUCUGACUGUGAGUGACGAUAAUAAAAGAUUAGUUGGAUACUCCUCAUUUAAAAAACAGCUUGUUUAACACGAAAUAAGAGAAAUAUCAAGAAAUAAAUUAACAGUCUCUAAGAGGAUAUGCGCCGUUAACGCAGCGACAGAUGGCAAAAGCUCAGUCAGUUUUUACUUUAAGUUUCUGUAGCAGCUGCGGCUCUGUAUGGGCAGGUGGGACAGAGCCUCACCAAAAUAUUCAUCCUAAAAUAGAGGCCUACCUCUAUGUACACUGAAUUAUUAAUAAAUUAUAAAUGUGUUCAGCAUUCUGCAACAAAUAUUUUUUCAGAUUUGCUAGACUAUUUUAAGUCGUAAAGUUAUCAGGGUAUAUUAAAAUGUAGCGCAUGGAUUCGACAGGCAUGUAUUCAUAAUACUAAGUGGGGCAGCUGGUCUCAGAGCUCUUCUCAGCUCUACAGCGCCACACAACUUUGCUAUGUAAAUCUGUGGUGUAAAAUGGAACUGCAGCACCCUCUCAUAGAGAGCCAUUGUGGCAGAUUUCUGGCAGCCCCGCUUAUUUCCAUGUUAAACACACCUCACGUACACCUCGCUCCAGACCAAGACGAUAUCAGUCCGCUUCAGAUAUGUGUCUGCAUCAGAGGUGCUAAAAGAACAUGGAUACACCAUGAAGGAAGAACUUGGACGAGGGAUUUCAGGAAUAGCGUUUCUGGUGGAAGACACAGAUGGAGAUCUUUAUGUGGUCAAACAGAUGAAUUCCAGAGAUGGGAAGGAGCUGGAUACUGUCAGAAAGGAAGUCAAGAUCCUGAAAACUCUGAACUUUGGAUAUAUUGUCACUUAUGUGAAUUCAUUUGAAGAUAAAAAAGCGGGACGCUUUUAUAUUGUGAUGGAGUAUUGUGAAGGAGGUGAUCUUUCAAAAAUCAUGGGAACACAGAAAAAGAAGGGUUUUUUUGAAGAAAGGCAGAUCAUUCAAUGGCUGGUUCAGAUUUGUCUGGCUCUGAAGUAUCUCCAUGAGAAGAAAAUUAUUCACAGAGAUAUUAAGCCUCAGAACGUCUUUCUGACUGAAGAUGGUUACAUCAAUCUAGGAGAUUUUGGAUGCUCAAAAGCAUUGGAAAGAGCUGAUGAAUAUGCUAGUUCAGCUGUGGGUGCAAAGCUCUACGCCAGCCCAGAAGUUUAUGAGAGUAAAUAUAACUCCAAGAGUGACAUAUGGUCAUUGGGAUGGUUGCUACAUGAUCUCUGCAUGCUUGAUGCGUGGGCCGAUAACAUGCAGCGCCACAUACUUCAUGCUGUCAGUAUGACAGGAAACCCCCCUCCCAUCUCAGAGAGAUACUCAGAGGAACUUCGUGAAUUAAUCAGUCAAAUGCUCAGUCAUGACCAUAAAGACAGACCUUCAGCUGAAGAGAUUCUAGCUAAACCGUUCCUGACAGAUGCAGUAGACAGAAACAGCAGAACUCCAGAGGCACUGCUACAGAGUUUUGUGAAGUCUAUCACCGCCUUUGAUGAGGCCUACAACAAGCACUAUAAAGACUUUGAGGUUUUAGUUAGUGAGUGGGGAAGAAUAACAGAUUCGAUGGAGUCUGCACAUUACAGCGCCACAGCGGGGAGUCUGUCAGGUUCGGUGAUCGGAGCAGCUGGAGGAAUCACUGCAUUAGUGGGUUUAAUUUUGGCACCGUUCACUCUUGGGGCGUCUCUGAUUGUUACUGGUGUUGGUGUUGGAGUAGGAGUUGCAGGUGGAGUAACAGGUGCUGCAUCCACCAUUACUAACACUGUACAGCAAAAAUCAUUCAGAGAGAGUCUUCAACAAAUUCAGCAGAAGUAUAAAUCUGUAAGUGAACCAAUUCUCACACCACUGAAUACACUGAGAAAGGUACUGAGAAAAAUCUCAAAGUUCAGUGUUUUUUUCGGCAGCUCAGCUUUUGACAAUGUGCAAAUAUCAUGCAAUUUAGACAGAAGGAAUGUUUUGUGUGCCACACAACUCAUGAAUUUGGGUCUGUUGGCAAAUAUUAGCAGAAUUGCUACUCAGACUGCAAGAGUAGGGCGAGUUGUAGCAGAAGCAGUCUCAGGAGUGUUAAGUGGACUGUUAGUCAUACUUGAUGUCGCCUUCAUAGUGAUGGAUUCUGUAGACAUUCACCAGAUGAGACAGGGAAAAGUAGAUGAUCCAGAAAAGGUCAAAUCCAGUGUGCUUAAAUCCAUUGCAGAGAUGAGGAGAACACAUAAUGACCUUUGCAAUGUCCAGAGGGAUAUACAAACAACAAGAGAGGAACUAAAAGACUAUAUAGAAUUGGCCAGGGGUGACAGUGGAAUAGACAGUGAUUUAAAUAGAUUAAACAUAUGUUGACCAUCAGGGUCACCGUGAUUUUGUCAAGUAGAUCCAUGUUCCUGGAUCAACAUUUUUGUUAAUCCUGGAACAAUAUUCCAAACAACAAAUCAGAUUUCAGGGACAAGUUUACCCUUUAUGUCAAGUUUAGGCUUGCAACCAGGGUUAGGUGCUUCUACAUCAAUGUAAUUCACCUAUCUUUCCGCUCUGAUUUUUGGGAAAAGUUAUGGGUAGGGUUAGGUUUAGGGGUAGGAAUAGGGUUAAGACUAAAUUUUCAGACUGGAAUGGUGUUCCAGGAUCAACAAAAUAUGUUGAUGAACAUGUCUUACUUGACAAAAAAAUCUCAAUGACCUUCCAGUCAAAGAAUCAGACAACUUUAUACAUGAGCAUCAGUGAUGGGAAAAGUUUUUUUUUUUUUUUUUUUUUUUUUUUGUAGAAAUCAAUCUAAAUAUUUAAUAUGUUGCUCCGGAACAACCAUAAUAAUGUUUAUAAAGUACCUGUAUUUAUGUACUGAUUGUUUUAGUACAAUUAUAAAACAAAGUUAAUUUUUUCAUUUUAAUUUUACAUUUUAAUUUUAAAGUUGUUAAUUUCAUCUAUACAGCAGCUCUGGAGAAAGAUGACGUCUCUGUCCAGCUCAGUUCAAUUCUCAUUCAAUAGUGUCAUUGCAGGCGAAUCAGUAAUAUUGUUGAAAAUCAAGUGACCCCAAACUUCAUCAGAAUGGAUAAAAAAGAAAAGAAAACAACACUGUAAAUCAGACACUGUAUAUACAUUAUACUCAAGUGUUUUCUGUUAAAUAGAGGUGUAGGUUUGAUUAUGAAUUAUAGCAUUUAUGGAUUACUAUUGAUUUACAUGUACUUAUUGGGGUGUGUUUUAAAAUUGUUUUUAGUGAUAUGUGGGUAAAUGAAUUAAAGUCAAACCUGUAUCUAAACAAUUGAAAGACAAAAACAAUACAAUUAUUCUGAUAUAUAUGAGAAUAUUCUUAUAAGAAAGUGUUCUUAAGUUUAAAGAAAAAUAAUGCAAUAUGACACAGUAUAUAAUAGUCUAUACAGUAUAUAUUAUACAAUAAGCACAUUUAAAGUAUAUUAACAAAUAUUGGACAGCACUCUUAACUGAAUCCUUUAUUUUACAUGUGCUUUAGAAUGUCAAUAUAUCAAAAUAAAUGUACUUCUUUAAAGCACUACUACAUUAUUUAAAAUGCACAUUUAAGUUAAACUAACAUAUCAUUACAAAGUGCAUUUUUAAAAAGGCCACUUAAGAAACAGUAAUGAAAGUGUAUUUCAUUUAAGUGACCUUUAAUUUUAGUAAUAUUAUCUGCAAGUAAACUUUUUAAAAAACAUGUUAUCUACAUGUUUGUACAUAUACUUUAUCAUAUAUGUCUCCAGCAAACAAUGAAAUAAAGUCAGUCUGGUUAGUAAUAAGUGAAGAUGUAAUGCUGUUUGUGGAGUUGUUUAAUCCUCCUCUGCUGAGAUCUU